AUGGGAUUCCGACAGUCAUUUCUCGUCAUUCUCUUUCUCACCUUGUGCUGCUGGUCACACCCGCUGGAUGCAGCUGAGCGAGGCAAAAAGAGCUUCGUUGCCAAGAUAAAGCGCUCCUCCGGUCAGCCGCCUCCCGUUCAGGACGCGGCAAGUCGUGUGUUCGAUCCCACAUACGCGACCGAGGAGCUCAAGGGCCUUGUCGGAAAGUAUGCCCAAGCGUCCCAGUUUCUCGCGGGCGUCGGCCUCAACCCGGACCAGCACCCGGAGGCUGGCUACGAGCCAUUCACGCACCCGCUCGUCGGCGCGCUGAACACAACAAACUCCACAGCCUAUAAUGUCACCACUAACUCCCGCACGAAGCCCAUAAUGGUCCAGAACCAGAACGGCAGCGCAAGUGUUUUGCCGGUCCCCGGGCUCGCCCAGUCACCUCUGACUGACUAUAACUCCGAUGGGCUCGACAUUCUAUACUAUGGACCCCUCCAGUUCGGCUCGCAGGGACAAUCGCUAACAGUAGAUAUUGACACCGGAUCUGCAGAUCUCUGGGUACCCGUCAAUUGCCGUGCAUGUGGCGGCAACUCGUUCAGUGCAGCGCAGAGCACAACAUACAGCAACCUCGGCCAAAAGUUUUCUGUAUUCUAUGGCGCAGGUCAUGUCUCGGGCACAGUUGCACAAGACACAGUUACUGUUGGCCGCCUCGUCGUGAAGCAGCAGGGCUUUGGCGCCGUGCGCAGCGAGUCGGAGGAUUUCUAUGACCAGCCCUCAGAUGGCCUUCUUGGGCUGGCGUUUGGCACGAUCGCACAGUCGAAGCAGUCUACGUUCUUUGAGAACCUGAUGAUGCAGAAGCAAGUAGCGGCCGGGGCGUUCGCUGUUCACCUCGCGCGCGGGCAGACAACAGGAUCUGAGAUAUGCUUUGGAUGUUUUGACACCACGAAGGCUUUAGGACCCGUCACUUGGAACCCGAUCGCCUCUCGCGUGGGUAGCGUCCUCUCGGACGAACCUCACAGCGGUACUUCUACUCAGUCGGCGAUCGACACGGGCACCACGCUCAUCUACCUUCCCGAUGAGGCAGCAGCACAGUUCUACGCCACGAUUCCUGGAUCAAGCCCGGCUGUGCAGUACGGCUCCGGCUUCUAUACAUACCCCUGCUCUGCGCCACUCACACCGUCGCUGUCUUUCGGCGGGAAGUCAUACUCGAUCAACACGUACGAUUUCAAUCUUGGACGUACCUCCACAGACUCCCAAGAUUGUGUCGGCGGGAUACUUGCCAUGGGGAAAGGCUUCCCUCCUAAUCUCGCGAUCAUUGGGUACUCUGUCUACGACUACCCAGGGAGUCGUGUGGGCUUCGCCCCGAGCAUCAAUAACCAAUAG